GCUAUGAAGCCGUACGCUCCAGCUUUCAUACUCCUGUGGAGUGCUGUCGGGAUAGCGAGGGCUGCCAAAAUUGUUGUCGUGCCGCCAAUUAUGUUUGAAAGCCAUCUUUAUAUUUUCAAGACUCUGGCCUCAGCCUUGCAUGACCAAGGUCACCAGACAGUGUUUCUCCUCUCUGAGGGCAGAGAGAUUCCUCCGUCUAAUCACUAUAGACUUCAGCGCUACCCAGGGAUCUUUAACAGCAGCACCUCGGAUGAUUUUCUCCAGUCCAAGAUGAGGAGUAUCUUCUCGGGGAGACUGACAGCCCUUGAACUGUUUGAUAUCCUGGACCACUAUUCCAAGAACUGCGACAUGAUCGUUGGCAACCAAAACCUCAUGCGUGCCCUGAAACAGGAAAAAUUUGACCUGCUCCUGGUAGAUCCCAAUGAGAUGUGUGGAUUUGUUAUAGCUCAUCUCCUAGGGGUUAAAUACGCUGUCUUUUCCACUGGCCUCUGGUAUCCAGCAGAAGUGGGUGCUCCAGCUCCCCUGUCUUAUGUUCCAGAAUUUAACUCGUUGCUCACAGAUCACAUGAACCUAUUUGAGAGGAUUAAAAAUACUGUUGUUUAUCUUAUUUCAAGAUUUGGAGUCAGUUUUUUGGUUCUGCCAAAAUAUGAAAGGAUAAUGCAGAAAUACAAGGUUCUGCCAGAACGGUCCAUGUAUGACUUGGUUCAUGGAUCCAGCCUGUGGAUGCUUUGUACUGAUGUAGCACUGGAGUUUCCAAGACCUACGCUACCCAAUGUUGUUUAUGUGGGAGGAAUCCUGACCAAACCGGCCAGCCCUCUGCCAGAAGAUCUCCAAACGUGGGUGAAUGGUGCUAACGAAAAUGGCUUUGUCCUCGUCUCAUUUGGAGCUGGAGUGAAAUACCUGUCAGAAGAUAUAGCAAAUAAGUUAGCACAUGCUCUGGCCAGACUGCCCCAGAGAGUUAUUUGGAGGUUUUCAGGAAACAAACCAAGGAAUUUAGGCAACAAUACGAAGCUUAUAGAAUGGUUACCACAAAAUGACCUCCUUGGUCACUCUAACAUUAAAGCUUUUCUUAGCCACGGAGGUUUGAACAGCAUUUUUGAAACCAUGUACCAUGGGGUCCCGGUGGUGGGGAUUCCCCUUUUUGGAGACCAUUAUGAUACUAUGACUCGCGUGCAGGCCAAAGGCAUGGGAAUAUUGUUGAACUGGAAGACUGUCACUGAAAGUGAAUUGUAUGAAGCCCUAGUAAAAGUUAUUAAUGAUCCCAGCUACCGACAGCGGGCCCAGAGGCUGUCUGAGAUUCACAAAGACCAACCUGGUCACCCUGUUAACCGGACUGUAUACUGGAUUAAUUACAUUCUCCGUCACAACGGAGCCCAACAUCUACGUGCCGCUGUUUACAGCAUCUCUUUAUAUCAGUAUUUCUUACUGGAUAUUGCCUUUGUCGUACUAGUGGGUGCUGCCUUACUUUAUUACAUUUUGGCCAGGAUAACAAAAUUUAUCCGCAAACAAAGCAAACAUUUUUGGUCAAAUGACGACCAUAGUGCUGUUAAUGGACAUUACCAGAAUGGGAUACCAAACGGCAAGUAUAGAAGAAAUGGCCACAUUAAGCAUGAAAAAAAAGUGAAAUGAGCCAACCGCCCCAUGUAAAGUAGUAAUGAAUCAGAUCAGUAAUCGAAUUUUAUCGCUGUAACUUAGUCUAACAACUACUUAAAACCUCAAUAAGCAGUUCUAACACUCCCCUUCAGUAUAUAAUAUUAUGUGACAAAAUUCUAUGGAACUAAGAAAAGUCUUUAAAAAAAAAAAAAAGCAAGCACAACAUAAAAUGGAAAAUAUUUUAUUCUUACUACUGAUGCAGAGAGGUUAUUUUGGCACUGAAGUUUUUAGAAGCCUUAAUUCUCUAAAGUUAUAUGAUGACCGUAUUUAUGAAUUUUCAGUUUUUAAAAGUUAAAUGUGUGUCCCAAGUGAGGAGAGGUUUCUUUUUAUUUGCAGAGGUUUUUUCCUUUUAUUUUUUUAUUAUUUUAAUAUAUCCAUCUUUUAGCUGGGAGAACUUUAGUGCUUAGUUCUGUGUUUCUUUUGUUGAAGGUUCAACAUGUUGUGCAAGAAUGCAGUUUAAAAAAAAAAAAAAAAAAAUUCCCAGGUUGCGGACUGAGAACACAGACAUUUUAAAAAAAAAAAAAAAAACGAACUUAAAAUGAGCACUGAAGAAAAAUGGCAAAAGUACAUACUCGUUUUACUGAUAAGCUGCAUGACUCUUCUGCUCACUACCAG